AUGGUGGAGUCCAAGUCGGACACGGCAAGUCUGCGGUCCAAGAAGAAGCAGCGAGCCCAGCAGGCACGGAGAUACGGGUUCGCCUGCUCCAACUGCAGGAGGAAGAAGGCCCGAUGCAAUGGAGCGACGCCGGCCUGCGACAAGUGCGUUGCAUCUCGGGAGAUGUGCGAAUAUGACCGAGGACCUUCAGUAGCAUAUGCCGCAUCUCUCGAGAAACGGCUCAAAGCAUUCGAAGAAAGAUUCGAGAAGCUCCGUCACAGUAGCACUGUCGAAGAGCGCGAUGCUCUGAUUCAGGAGCCAUUUGAGGAUGUCAAGCCAGAGCGGGCGCGAGCUCCUUCAGCUCUCAUGGCAGGGCCGGAAAGGCAACAACAUGAGAUCCAGGAGCCGGAAGCGCUGUCAUCCCCGUCUCCCGCUGCACAGAACGAGCCGCCUGACGAGACUUCCAUAGGUGCAGAUGGCCGCAUCUGCUUUUACGGCAAGACCAGUCAUUACCACGUCGACCCGCAGGAUGAUGGCAAAGGCGAAGACCUGCUGCCUGAAGCCGACGAGCAGCUGGUGCUGAACAUGGGAGUGUCGACCGCUUCAACCAUCUAUACCACGCCCGAACUCAAUCUUUUUGUCGACACCCCUGCAGUGCCGCAACUCCUCUCCGAGAUAUCUAGUGAGUUGCUGGAUCAUUUCCUGGAUGCGUACUGGUGUUGGUCACACCACCUACACCUGGUGCUGAACAAGCGCUUGUUUUUGCGCGAUUUAUACACCUCCGGCCCUUCUGUGACUCCUUUCCUGGUGAGCGCUGUUCUCGCGCAAGCAGCCCGAUAUUCCACCAGGCCCGAAGCAUCUCGCUUAGGGGAUCAUUUUGCCGCUCGAGCUUUGCACUUACUUCCCAAUGACAUCGACAAGGGCAGCUCUAUCCCCACCAUCCAAGGCUUGCUCAUCCUUUCAGCCCGAGAAUGCGCCUGUGGAAGAAUCUCCCAGGGCUGGCUCUACUCUGGUAUGGCGUUUCGGAUGAUGCGUGAUCUCGGCAUCCACAUUGAACCCAGGAAGAUGGGAUAUCUUUCGCGCCAAUUUUCGGAAGAAGAUGUUGCCCUGCGGCAGCAAGUGUUCUGGAGCUGUUUCACCUGGGACAAGACCAUGAGUCUUUGUUUGGGCAGAGCGCCUAUUAUCCAUGACACAAUCGAUGUGCCGUCCAGAGAAAGCCUGCUCGACGGUGCCGAGACGGACGAAGAGCAAUGGAUUCCGGUCCUCGGCAAAGAGACAGAGUCGACGACGAGCUUUAUCGAGCAGAGGUCUCUUGGAAGUGCUCGAUUUGCUGCAUAUUGCAGGCUGUGCACAAUCGUCGAUGGUGUGCUGGACGGCCUUUACUGCCGGCCUCACCAAUCCAAGCAGGACCAUCUCCUUGCGUUUCUCGAUACCACGGUCGGGAAGCUGGAACAGUGGUCAACCAGUCUUCCUCCUGGUCUCUUUAUCUCCCCGGAUAGUAGGGUCUUUCUCUGCCCACCGAUCCAUAUUUUACUCCUCAAUCUGACGUACCACGCCACAAUGAUCCUCCUGUGUCGGCCGUACCGGAACAUCUCCCCCAGAGCAAAGGGGUUGUGCACUAAAGCGGCACAAAUGAUCGAUACGCUCUUCACACUGCAUGUUCGGCGGUUUGGGUUCCGGUUCAUCACAUACCUCCAAACAUAUACCAUGUUUGUGGCAUGCACAGUCAAUGUCUUGGAUUUGAAGGAAAACGAGUCCAACAGUCGAGAUGUAGUGAAUGGAACGAACAACAUGGAGGAAUGUCUCGCUCUGGCACAGGAAGCAAGUGUAAGAUUGAACUUUGGCCUUGAGGUCUUGCGACAGGCAGGUGCCACGCCAUCGGCGGCUAGGUGUGCGGCGGUCAUUGUACAGCUGCUUCGACAAUGGUCAAACAAGCAGGUGAACUCGGAGGUGCACAAUCAACGACCACGCCGGCGUUCUGAGCAUCUCUCUUCGCCACGUCCGAGACGACAAUCGAGCAUAUGCCUGGCAGAAGCUGGGAAUGGCGCACAUGAGCCAGUGAGCGACCCAGCACAGCACCGGCAGGGCUUUCAGCACGAUGCACACUUUCGAACAGAUCUGAUGUCGAUGUCGACCCAGAGCGAUGCCAAUGAGAACAUGCUAUUUCCUGUGGUCAGGUCGACUCCAGCGUAUUCUGAAGCACAUGGGCAGAUGCUGGACACGCAGUCGCCCCCUAACCUCUCUAACCCCAUGAAUCUGGGGUUCGGCGGCAGCGGUGGUCUUCAGCCACUUCCGUCGAACAGCAGUCCCUACCCCAACGCGCACAUACCAAGCUUUGCAAAUUCGGGCAUCGAGACUCCGAUGCGGUGGCUGCCUGACAAUAUGCAAGAUGACGGAAGCUGGAUGUUGAUGAUGGAUUUCGGUGAUGCUACUGGCUUGUAG